AUGUACUUGGACCCAAUUAUAAAAUGCAUGGCAAAUACUGCUGUACGAUUGGCUAAUGAGUUUUGUUUGGAGGUCAGUGGCGAGGCACAGCUGGCUUUAGCCAGUUUAGCUGAUUCGCAGUAUACCGAUGUUUCGGCUUAUCUUUCCUCGGCCGAAUUUGCUCUUCGACGUCAAUUACUUGUUUCCGCCAGACGUGACUCGGCUUGCCUUGCUGAGAUGGGUGAAAAGAGAAGCCGUUUGCUACGCCUACUACAGCGCCAAUCCGAUCUGGAAUUCGCCGAACUAGAAAGCUUAUCUAACGACCGUGAACGCUAUCUGAUGGACGCAUUAGCCGCCUAUUGCCAUUGUUUGAUAGUCUCUGAUCAGUUCAAUAUUAAGGUCGGCCAAAGAUUCGAUUUAUAUGAAAUUAGAUAUUACGAUUAUUUAAAAUGCUUCACUAUCAUAUAUUUCCGUACAACUAAUCUUGCAACUUUGCAUCUUUUUUCAGAUUACUUGACUAUAUUUGGGUGA